GAUGUCACUCAAAAUGCAGUACCCCAUUGUUUAAAACCACGUCAACCUAUUAUUUUCAAGGCGGGAUUUCUUUUCUAGGUACACGUAAGAAUCAUUUUAAUAAAAUAACACUUGAUUUUUUUGGGUCAAAUCAAAAAGAUGAUGCGCUUCUUCGUGCACGGUUUCUUGUGGAUUUCUUCGGUCCUAUUCGGGUUGAUUUUAUACCCAAUUAAAUGGAUGGCGUAUUUUAAGAAAUCAAAAAAAUGUCCACCGAUUAAAGACGAUUUAUUACUUAUACCAGCGAUUAAAUUAGCCGAAUUACUACGAAAAAGACAAAUUUCUAGCAAAAUCAUCAUUGAAACUUACAUCAAUCGUGUAAAAGAAGUUAACCCAAUCUUAAACGCAAUAGUUCAAGACCGUUUUAGUGACGCUUUAUUAGAAGCAACAAACGUUGAUAUCUUUUUGGAUGAAACCGACUUAACCGAAGACGAAUUAAAAACGAAUUAUCCACUUUUGGGGGUUCCCAUCACAAUAAAAGAAACGAUCGCCUUAAAAGGGUUGAGUUUUAAUGGGGGUGUUAAGACAAAAACGCCAUAUAUCGCCGAUUUCGAUAAUGACGCAGUUAAAUUAAUUAAAAACGCAGGGGGUAUUCCUUUAUUAGUUUCCAACACCCCGGAAUUAUGCUUAAAUUGGGAAACUUGUAAUAAAUUAACUGGAAGGACCUUAAAUCCCUAUGAUACAAGAAGAACUUGUGGUGGAUCAUCCGGGGGAGAAGCCGUUUUAUUAUCAUCGGGAGCUUCUGUACUAGGUUUAGGAUCGGAUUUAUGCGGUUCAAUUCGAUUGCCAUCAAAUUUUUGCGGGAUUUAUGGCCACAAACCGACCGGAAAUUCAAUUUCCAUCAACGGAACCAUCCCUUAUCUCAAAGAAAAAAAUAAUAUUUGGGAAUAUGCGUUAACAGUCGGCCCAUUAACGCGUUAUGCAUGCGAUUUAAAUCUGCUUUUCGACGUCGUUUUAAAACCGGAAGUUAAAGAUACAUUUAAAACGUUUGAUUUAAUCGAUCUAAAAAGCAUAAAAAUUUUUUACAUGGAAUUUGAUGGCGAUGCUUUUAUGACUCACGUUAUUGAUAGGGAAAUCGUUAAAUUAAAACGGAUGUCUGAUUCCGUUGAUCUCGCUUUUCUCCCUUUAUUAACAAUUUCCGGUCUCCAAACUGUGUUUAACAACGAUCGAAAUUUAUUUGGGGAAAUUUUAAGAACGUUUAUUGGCUGCUCAAAUGUCGAACCGACAUCGAUUUUAUUUCAAGUUCUUUACACGAUUUCUCGACGCUUAAUCGACAACAAAAGGCAGAAAAACAUAAUGAAAGAAAUCGAAGCUUUUCGAAACGAUAUUAACGACUUGCUUGGGUCGGAUGGUGUUCUUUUAUAUCCGGUUUUUCCAACGGUCGCGCAUUUCCACGGCGAGAUUUAUUCGAAAACUUUGGAUACUUCGUAUAUGACGAUUUUUAAUAUUUUGGGGAUACCAGCGACGAGUUGUCCGAUUGGGGUUGAUUCAAAUGGGUUACCGAUUGGAUUACAAGUUGUUGCUAAUUUUAGAAUGGAUAGAUUAUGUUUUAAAAUCGCUGAAGAAAUCGAACGGGAAUUCGGAGGAUGGAAACAACCACCUUUUAGCGAUAAUGAUGAAAAAGUUUAG